GCCAUGCUCUUCCGGUCCACUCUCGCACUCGCUGCCCUGUCCGCCACCGCACUCGCCGCACCCGCCCCGGCGCCCCUCGACUCGCAGGUCGUCCUGGGCCAGGCGGGGAAGGCCGCCCUCGAUUGGAGCGCAGGACACCUCUCGCGCCUCGGAGACGACGGCGAGGUUGGUGCCAUGACUCAGUGGGGGUGGUACGACUGCGGUGAGCCCGGCGACGCGCUCGAGAUCGAGAGCAUCAAGGUCUCGCCCGACCCGCCCAAGCCCGGCCACAAGCUCACCAUCGAGGCCAAGGGCAAGGUCAACAACCUCGUCGACGAGGGCACGUACGCCGACGUGACCGUCAAGCUGGGCCUCAUCAAGCUCCUCACCAAGCGCUUUGACGUCUGCGACGAGCUCGACAACGCCAACGCGACCCUCUCGUGCCCAAUCGAGCCGGGCUCGUACACUAUCACGCAGAGCGUCGACCUGCCCGCCGAGAUCCCGCGAGCCAAGUUCCAGGUCCAGGCGCGCGUUUUCACCCAGCAGGAGCUGCCGGCGGCCUGCAUGGACCUCUGGAUCAACUUCCUCGUCCCUGACAAGUCCUAGACGGCUCGAGUGGUCCUUCCCGCCUUCGAUCCCUCCUUCCUUGCCGCGCGUCGACCGACAUUCCUCCGCACUCUGGCUCCACCCUCAGUCUUCUUUUCUGUCCCUCCGUCGUAGUCGUCGCGCCCUGUCUACCCCUCUCGCCCGAGCCCUGUAAUCUGCACCGCGCUGUUUCCACUACCCUUC